AUGUCACUUAUUAGAGAUGUAAAAGACGGGGAAUGUGACACCCUUUUGAUGCAAAUUCCGGAAUGUAUAAGAGUUCUCAUCUUCAUUCACACUUUUCAAUUUAAUGAUACUAUUGAUACCCGUGAUUGGAAUGUUGAGAAUGAUGGAACGUUCAAUUUGAAACUAGCUUGGGAGUUGAUUCGUGAUAGGGGAGACAAUGUGGGUUGGUUUAAUGUUGUUUGGUCUUCUAAGAUUAUUCUGAGACACCAAUUCAUCAUGUGGUUGGUGUUUAGGGAAAGACUCUCAACUAGGGAUCGCAUCAAAAGAUAUAUGGACAUACCGAAUUCUAAGUGCCUACUUUGUGUGGGAAAUGAGGAGACUAUGAAUCAUUUAUUUGGUUGUUGUCCGUUUACUUAUGAGUUGUGGAAGUGGUUUACAAAAAUAAUGAAGUUGGCUUAUUUCCCUUCGGAGUGGAUCGACAUUAAGGAGGUUGCUAACAUGAAAGUAAGAGGUAAUCAAUUUCAUUCGGAUAUGUUUAAAUGUGGGUUUGCAUCUAUUGUUUACCAUGUUUGGGCGGAAAGAAAUUCAAGAGCAUUUUCAAAGGUGCGAUGUGGUGUUGAGGAUGUAUGGAGGUGUAUUACGGAUGCAAUUCCCUCACUUGUACUUGGAGACAAAUCCUGA